UGGGGACUGACGCCGAUGUGGCGGAAGGAUGCGCGCCGGGGCCGCGUUUUCGGCGAGAGGCACAGGCCGGCGAGCGCCGGGGCUCUCCCCGCAGCCAGCCGCUGCGCUGAGGGGAGCGGGGCCGGGCGGGGGCGCGGCCCGGCGGGGGGCGCGGGGGGCGGUGGCGCGGAGCGCCCGCCCCUCACGGCCGCCCCUCACGGCCGCGUCCCGCCCCGGCGGAGACGGGAGCCGAGCCCGCGGCAGACGCAGCCGUGCCGCGCCAUGGCGGGCCGCCGCCUCCUGGGGCUGCUGCUGGCCUUCGCCGCGCUGCUGGGCGCAGGUCAUGGGGAUGACACAGAUGACUUCAACCUAGAAGAUGCCCUGUUUGACCCCGUCACCAGGAGACCCACUCCCAAGGGUCCCAGAAGGCCGGCGGGUGGGACAGACUUCGAUUUGGCUGAUUACUUUGACACGCCUGUGGAGACUACCACCAAGGCAGCCAAGCCGACUCCCAAGCCCUUCCCCAGGCCAGGGAAGCCAGACAGUGGCCUUUGGGAUGUCAUUCGCACCACCACGACCAAGCAGCCAAAAACUACAAGAGCCCCUCCUAAACGUAACCCAGAAAAGGAUCCUAUGGAUUUUGACUUGGCUGAUGCCCUUGAUGAUAAGAACGAUAGGAAAGAUCCUGGGAGGCCGGAUGUAAGGCCAGGUGAAGGAUUUUCAGAUGAUGACCUGGCCAGCAUUGUGGAUGGUGGCUACAGCCCAGACAAGAAGAAGGGUGCCAGUGGCAACACCGACAACGACUACAGCGGAGUGGCAGAGACCGGCACCAUCGCCGGCAUCGCCAGCGGCCUGGCCAUGGCGCUCAUCGGGGCUGUCUCCAGCUACAUCUCCUACCAGCAGAAGAAGUUCUGCUUCAGCAUCCAGCAGGGACUGAACGCAGAGUAUGUGAAAGGAGAAAACAUGGAAGCCGUCGUAAGCGAGGAACCCCAGGUUAAAUAUUCAGUCCUGGAAACGCAGUCAGCAGAGCCACCAAAACAAGACAGUGCGAAGAUAUAAAGCGUGACCCAGGGCUAGAAAAUAACCAGUCAGCAGCAACAGAGAUCUUACGUGCUUGUAAUUUAGCUUUUAAUUUAAUUUGACUCCAAAGCUAUUUAAUGUGUAUUUAGGCUUGAACUGGCUUUUUAUUGCUCUAGGCUUUAGGGUUAGACUGGUAGCAUGUGUUUAUUUUUUUGUGAAGAGGUUUAUGUUUACAUGGAAGUAGUAGUGUAGGAUUGGUGCGCAGUUGGAUGGAAAUCCUCAGAAGGUACUUCAGCUGUGGUCAGUUUUCAAGAGCUUACAGGUAUGAGGACAGUGAAGUGCCUGUAAAUAGCAAUCCAAAGCCAAACCCUGCAAAGCGCCUCAGCCACCUUCUGCCUUCAGCUCCGGGCAGUGUCACUUCCAAGGUGGGGACAAAGCUGCACAUUUCUUGAGGGUGGAUUGCAGUCCUCCGUGUAGCUACACCUAAAAAUGAAGUGCCUAAGGUGGGUCCUUGUGUGGGGCCUUGGGCUGAGCCAGGUGACUCCCUGCUCCCAAGCCAGGAGUUGAGGAUACUUCACCACCACCACCCAGCGCUCGGCUUUAACCAAAGGACCUGAUUUUCACACCAAGUCACAAAUGCAGUUGAUAGUAGUGUGUGCAGUGUUCACUUCCAGCAAAUGCCAUUGCAGUGCCCCACUGUGCUGCAGAGCAGAAAGGAACUGCAGUGAUACAGUUUGUCUUAAGCUGCACCAGGGGAAGUUCAGGUUAGACAGCAGGAAAAAACUCUUCACUGAAAGAGUGACUGGGCACUGGAAUUGUCUGCCCAGGGAGGUGGUGGAGUCACUGUCCCUGGACUUGUUUAAAAAAGACUGGAUGUGGCACUCAGUGCCAUGGUUUAGUUGAUGAGGAGGUUUUAGGUUAGGUCAUAGGUUGGACUUGAUGAUCUCAAAGGUCUUCUCCAGCCUAAUUCAUUCUGUGAUUCUGUCUCUGUGACUUGAGAUACCUACAUUGUCACCACAAUUAAAGCUGUGUGCAUAUGGAUGCUUUCAAGGACAGGUUCAGAUCUCAGUCACACUAGAACAAGUGACUGAUUUAACCCAAAAGAAAAUAAACAAAGCAGGUAUCUGUUAAGACCUGUAAUGCUCAGUACAACAGAACUCAAGCUUAACAAGAUGCAGUCCCCUCCUUCUUUUAUCAGUAACUAUCAGGAGUGCUCCCAGGCACCCAGAGGCAGAAAAAGGAUUUAAGCUUCACUCUUUGUGUCGCUGGCUAACCUGCAUGGGGUUCCUGCAGCUGCCUGGAAGCACUGGGCUGUGAGUGGUGCUCAGCAGGACACUGGGCUGCACUGGGACACUGCCCACGCAGCCCCGGCCACGCUGCUGAACCACUGCCUAGACCCAGCCUUCACUGUCUUGCAACAAUUUCUGUUUAGAUUUCUAAUCCCUCCCCAGCAACCUUUCUGACUGCUGCUAAAAUAUGGAUAACUGCCACUUUCCAGUACAUUUUUCCAAAUCAAUGAUUGCUUCAAAAGCAUGUUCUCAAGUGAAGGAAAUGUCACUUUACGUGGUGUAAGAAGUACUCACUAUUUAUAUAUAAACCUGAAAUGUGAGCAUUCUGUAUGGGUUUUUUGCAAAUUCUGUAUUUGAUGAACGUGUAUUAAGAAAACCAAGGCAUUCAGUAUGAUGUACAAAUUCACAGCUUUCAGGUAGACAUGACUUCCAGAAGGCCUUGCCAGGAGGUGAAGGAGCCCAGGAGCAUUGCUGUCUAACAGCUCCAUUUGGAAUGAAAUUGCCUAGUAACUUGGUUAAGUAUUUUGCAAUAGCUGCACAAUUCUUUAUGCUCUUUUUAACACUUGCAUUCUUUAAGCCUUAUACUAGCUCUGGCAGAACAGCUACAGUGGUUUAUAAGGUGCCUCACAACUAUUCAGAAUGCUUAGGCUACAACAAUACUACGCUGAACUGCUGCUUUGUUUUAUGAAUGUCUGGAAUAGGAAAGAAAUGUUAAUUAUUGGCUCAGAUAAUGGAAGCACAAGAAAGAGAUGGGAUACACUGUUUGCUUACUCCCACAGAAAAGUUUUCAUGGAAUAAAUGUGGUCUGCAGAAUUUGCAGCAGGAGCUCAGGUGCCAUCUAAGCCACACAGCUGAGUUUGUGUAUCUCCAGUCCCAAGCACCAGCACUUGUUUUUGUUCUUACCCAAACACAUUUAAAGCUGUAGCAUGAAAUGUCUUCUGUAAGCUGUUGUAGAUGAAGUGUUGCAGCAGGGCAUUGAUGAUCACUAGAAGCUGUUUGCCCAGCUUAGAUCCAGUGCCCAUAAUUCCUCCUCCACUUUGCCAGUGACUGUCAGUAGUCAGUGUGGUUUGAAGAGUUCAGCACCUACCCCUCCUCUGGGGAACUCUUCCACUGGGGCACAGAGGGAGCACAAGUCUAAUUCUAAAUACUGCAGGUCACAAAUUUAACAAGGAAAGGCAGCAAGCUGUUUUACUGGAAAACCCACCUCAGUUUUUGGGACUCAGAAGCUGCUGCUUUUGCUUAUAGUCUCUUCUAUAAGGCUGGUGACUACUUAGUGUAGUUUGUAGGUAUGUGGAAAUCCAUAAAUGCACAGUGAAAGAGAACAAUUCCAAAGUGAAUAGUGACAGAAUUCAAGAUUUCUCUAGGAUUUCAAAUAGGAAAAUACUUGCAAAUUCUGCAGUAGAGAAAUUAGGCUUGGCCUUCAAAAGUGAACAAAAGUCAGAGUCUUGGUGGUAAAUGUCAGCAAAGGCUAAAUUUUUUUUUUUUUUAUUGCUGUUUGUCCCCUCUUCCAUCUGAACUGCCACCAGUCUCUGAAAAACAGGGAGUUUAUAUCAUCUAUAUUUUAGGCAUUAUAGCAACUGAGAGGUUUCCUGUGUAUUUUCCUAGCAGUGAUCCAAGUUCUGGAACAGCUGACCCAGCACUGACCUCUACUUUCAUUUAAUUACUAUUUAUUCACUUUAAAUUGGGAUAUGGAUUUUUAAAAAAUCCUGCAUUUAAGCUCUGUAUACAUGGCAUGAACUUUCUUGUCCUUUAUUAAAAAAGGCAAUAAACCACUAGAAAAUUGGUUUGCUGUUUUUUUUUCCAUGUCCAGUCCAAAACCUGAGAUAUAAAUGUCCUGAGAGUUUUUGUACUAUGUAUGCUGUGAGCUCUUUGUCUUAUGACACCUCACUUCUAAAGCUAUUUUAAAUGGCAAUAAAAUGAUUCAGAAAAGGUUUGUCAAAGGUUUGACAGAGAAAAGAGAGAACUGAAAGAAUUCAGCUGGCUUUUUUCAUGUUUAUUCUUUCAAUUACUUGCAUUUUCCUUUGGCAGUACUUCGUUUCAGAUUCCUCAGCUGAGAAUACUCUGACACAAAUUUCAGAUCUUUUUGGCACUAUAAACUCAGUCAUUUUCAAGCAACCCCACUAACGAACCCUUACAUGCUCCACUGUCAUCCUUAACUACUCAUUUGUUGUGAUGAAAGUGGAAUUAGUCCACAAUACUGUUUCAGAUUCUGAAAAAGAACGACGAGUCGGCAGGCUGAGGCUUUCAAAUUUCUUCUCUAACAGAUGAGGUUGAGGAACAAAUGAAGUUCAGAAACAACAGGGUUGUGAAAUUAGAGAAAUCUUUCUUUUGAGUCAAGUUCUGACUUAGAAGCAAGACAGAUUCCUUGCUGCUGAAGUGACCUGUACCAAAUGAAGGCUGAAUGUUAUGCUGUAACAAAAUACAUUUUGUUAAUGUGUGUGAGGGUCACGGGGGUAAAAACCAGAAUUUAACUACCUUUGAAACCACCAAAUAAACCAAGUUGACUAGAAGGA